GAUACGACCAAAGCAAACAUCGAGCCUUACGCCGUUCUCUCACACACAUGGGGACACGAUGAAGUCACCUUCCAAGAUAUGAUGCUUCCUAAUGUACUCUCAAAGGAAGGGUAUUCGAAGAUAACAGAGACUUGUCGUUUGGCUCUUGCGGAGGACUUGAACUACGUUUGGAUUGACACCUGCUGCAUCGACAAAACAAGCAGCGCGGAACUUACGGAGACUAUCAACUCAAUGUUUGAGUUGUACAAGAAAGUAGCUGUCUGUUACGUGUAUCUUCAAGAUCUGGAUCCGCAAACAUACCUAAAGAAUGGUCUCAAAUCUUGCCGGUGGAUUACUCGUGGCUGGACUCUUCAGGAAUUACUGGCCUCUGAGAAAGUGCAUUUUUAUGAUCGAACUUGGAGGUGCAGAGGAUCAAAAGUGGACUGGGCGCACGACAUCAGCAUAGCUACAGGCAUCCACCAUGAUGCUCUCCUCGGUCGGCCCCUUCAAGCAUUUUCUAUUGCGCAACGCAUGAGCUGGGCAUCCGACCGAGAAACCACGCGGGCCAAAGAUCUAGCAUACUACUUGCUCGGUAUUUUCGAAGUCCACAUGCCAUUGAUCUACGGUGAAGGCAAACACGCCUUUCGUCGUCUACAGGAAGAAAUUGUGAAGCGAACCAACGAACUGACUAUUUUUGCCUGGAAUCAGAGCAAGGACUGCAUGAACUGCACGGACCCGGAGCCAGACCAUGAUGGUCUUUUCGCGCCAUCACCUUCCAACUUCUACACAAGCCAUGACAUAAUACGUUCAAGUCACUUCGAGUCGGAGUUCACACUCACAAAUAGAGGCCUGAAGUUGAAACAUCAUAUU